ACGACACCCCGGCGUAGAGAGGGGGGGGGGAGCGGACACGAAGCGAACGAGCGAGUGGAAAAAGAAGAAAGUGUGAGCCGGAGAAAGAGAGAGGGAGCGGGCAGAGAGAGGCAGAGCUGGCAUCGGUACUUUUGUUCCUUUCAGCAGCUCCGCGUUUCUGGACCGAUGAGGAGGAUGAUGAAGAUGAAGAUGGUGAUGUGGAGGAGGAAUCGAACAUGCGACAUCGCCACACCGCACGGGCUGAACGUUUAGACAUUCCGUCGCUCCGGCUCGACUCCGGACAAACUUCGACCUGCGCCAUUCGGCCGCGGGCGAGCGGAUCGUCCCCUUCCCUCCGCCUCCGGAGACCCGGGGCAACUUUCUACACGCGUCCCCCAAAACAACCACACAAAGUUUUCCGGGACACCGUGGACGCGCGGACACGCACGAGCGGAGCUUAACGGAGCUUUUACCUGAUUUUUUACCACAACUCCCAGCGCCGAGCUCCGGGCCGGUCGAUCCCCCAACGAGCCUCUUGAGAGAACAACACCGGAGGAGGGAGUGGGGUGUCACGGCUAACUCCGCUAACGGCUAGCUAGCUAACCGAACCACCGUGCAAAGUUACCAGUCGACAGGGGAGGGGGGGGGAGAAAGUGACCGACGCGACGCACCGACCACGGCGACGAAGAUGAAGACCCCGGGAGACUCCGGGUUUGCUUUUCCCGAAUGGGCCUACAAGCCCGAGUCGAGCCCGGGUUCCCGGCAGAUCCAGCUGUGGCACUUCAUCCUGGAGCUGCUGAGGAAGGAGGAGUGCCAUGACGUCAUCGCCUGGCAGGGAGACUACGGCGAGUUCGUCAUCAAGGACCCGGACGAGGUGGCUCGCCUGUGGGGGGCGAGGAAGUGUAAACCACAGAUGAACUACGACAAGCUCAGCCGAGCACUGAGAUACUACUACAACAAGAGGAUCCUCCACAAGACCAAAGGGAAGAGAUUCACCUACAAGUUCAACUUCAACAAACUGGUGCUGGUCAACUACCCCUUCAUCGACAUGGGCACUGGUCGAGGAGUUCCUCAGAGCGCCCCCCCGGUGCCAACUGGAAGCUCCCACUUCCGGUUCCCCCCCUCCACGCCGUCAGACGUCCUCUCCUCCAGCGAGGAGCUGCGCAGUCCGGGCAUGUUCAGCAGCGUGGCCCGGCGUAUGGCCCGGGGCUCGGUGAGCGACUGCAGCGACGGCACCUCCACCAACUCGGAGCUGGAGGAGGGGCUGGGGGCCGAUGAGCGAGGUGGGGGGCCGGAGAGGGCCUUCAGGGGCCUGCUGCCCCACCGCAUGCCCCACGACUCUCUCUUCAGGAUCUACCCGAACCCAGGAGGGCUCUCCAGACCUGCUCCGAGGGUCCACCCAGAUUCUAUGUCCCCGUUCCCUGUGUCCCCCUUGCCUGGCCCCGGGGGCCUCAUGGGCCAAAAUCUGUCCCCCGCUCUGUCCAUGACCCCCACCCCCCACAUGCCCUACACCCCAUCCCCCUCCCUUUCCUCCCCGAUGAUGGGCUCCCACUUUUCCUUCAACCCAGAGGAUAUGAAGCACUACCUGCAGGCCCACACCCAGUCUGUGUACAACUACCACCUCAGCCCCCGAGCCUUCUUCCACUACCCCAACAUCAUCAUCCCUCAGCCCCACCGCCCCACCCUGGAGAAGCCGCCCACCCACCACCUGCACGCGCCCCUGUCGCUCCCUCACUCCCUCGGCCAUCACUCAGCAGUGGGGGGGGAGGAGGGGCCGCCGCAUCCGUCUCCGUUCAAGUUCAAGUUGCAGCCCCCCCCACUCGGGCGCAAGCAGAAGGAUUCGGGAAGCUCGAUGGCUUCCUCCUCCUCCUCCUCCUCCUCCAGCCAGUCGGCCUCGUUCGGUGGCUCCGGGCAGAUGAACAACUCUCUCCUGGCGGCGCCUCCAAAGAUCAAGGUGGAGCCCAUCUCUGACAUCGAGUCGGAAGAGGAGGUGGAGGUGACUGACAUCAGUGAGGAAGAUGAGCUGGAUAACAUCAACGACAGAGGACACCUCUUCCUCCCAACUCCUCAUCAUCACCUGCUGAAGAGCCUUCACCACGCCAACGGGAACGGCAGCUCUGCUCCUCUUCCUCCUCUUCCUCCUCACAGUAACCACCACGAUGACGACGAUGACGAUGUCUUCAAGACCCCGGCCACUCCCACCAUUGGCAGCGCCGGCCUGGCCUUCCCUCUGAUUGGUCUGAAGAGCGAGCCGGGCCAGGCGGCGCCCAUCAGCCCCGGCGGCUCGCUCUGCAUCCCGCUCAAGCUGCGCUUCAAGCGCCGCUGGAGCGAGGACCAGAAGAUGGAGGCGGACGGAGAGAGGGACGAGGCGGAGGACAAGAAAGUGAGGGCCGAGGGGGAUGUGGAGAGGAAGGCGGAGGAGGAGAGGAGGAGAGCAGGGGAGGUAGAAAAUGGGGGAGGACAAGCAGGAGGAGGUGGGGGGGGUGUUAUUUCGGGGCUGAUGCUGCCACCGGCUCCGACUCAGCGCAGAGCGAGCUCCGAGCUGCAGAGGGCGACGGCUCAGCUGUCCCUGGAAAACCCUGGCUGCUGAGCCUCAUGCACACACACACAGAGAGACACACACACACACACACACACACACACACACACACACACACA